AUGGCGGCAGCCAGACGGCCGAUACCCAUUGUCGUGGGGGUCGGCGACAUCAAGAACCGCUCCAUGAAAAUCGAAGAUGCGAUUGAGCCGAUGCAGUUGAUGCUCCAAGCCAUUCUCAAAGCGAUGCAAGACACCAAUCUCUCUGCUUCCGCAACGAAAGAGCUGCAGUCGAAGAUUGACAGCGUGGGUGUGGUCAACACCUGGACCUGGGUUUAUCCCGACUUGCCGAGGCUCAUUUCUGAGAAGUUGGAUGUCAAGCCGAAGUAUCAGGUGUUAAGUCAUCAUGGGGGUGAUUCGCCGGCGAAGUUGUUUGAUCAGGCAGUGAGGAGGAUUUCUUUGGGGGAGAGCAAGGUGGCGAUUGUGACCGGUGGGGAGGCUUUGGCAUCGUUGGGCGCAUGUGCUGCGGCUGGGAAGUUGCCUCCUCCUGGGUGGACGAAGUCUGACGAGAGUGGCAAAGGAGUGUCUGUUUCUGAUAUCUCGAGGUUUGGAGAAAAUCCCGGUACUCUUCAUUCUGUGGGGUUUCCUAUUCACGUGUAUCCGCUGUAUGAAAAUGCAUUUAGAGCACAUCGGCGGCAGUCGAUAAAGGAGAAUAAUCACGAGUCCGCUGAGCUGUAUGCGGAUUUUGCAAAAGUUGCGGAGAAGAAUCCGCUGGCGUGGAAUUUUGGUGAGCCUGCUGCGACCAAAGAGAUCAUUGGUACUGUUUCGAAGAAGAAUAGGAUGAUAUGUUUUCCAUAUCCUCUUUUGAUGAACGCAUUUAACAAUGUCAAUUUGGCCGGAGCAUGUAUCCUGACUUCGACUGACUAUGCGAGAGAACUCGGGAUUCCCGAAGAUCGUUGGAUAUAUCCACUUGGUGGAGCAGGGACGAGCGACAGUAGAAAUUUUUGGGAGCGGCCGAAUUUUCAUUCGAGCGCCGCCAUAUCAAAAUCACUUGAUGAAGGAUUAAAGUCCUCGGGACUCACAAAAGAACAGAUAGACAUCUUUGAUUUCUACUCUUGUUUUCCCAUUGUACCAAAACUCGCAUGUCAACAUCUCGGCAUGCCGAUGACGAAACAAUCCAAACCCAUUACACUUCUUGGAGGUCUGACUUCAUUCGGAGGAGCAGGAAAUAAUUAUUCCAUGCAUGCUCUGAUCGAAAUGGUGCGCGAGCUUCGGAAAGGAAAAGUUCGAAACGGGCUGGUCCUUGCGAAUGGCGGAAUGGUGACUUAUCAAUACGUCGUCUGCCUCUCGAACCAACCUCGGAACUCCCCAUAUCCGGAUAUUAAUCCACUUCCUAAUGUUUUGGACGAUCAGCGAGUUCCUACCGUGGAUGAGAAGGCGGAACGGGAGGCGGUGAUUGAGACGUAUACUGUUGAAUUUAAUCGUGACGGGAGUCCUGAACGAGGUUAUAUUGUUGGACGAUUGAAGAACGGCCAUCGGUUUCUUGCGAAUGAAGGGGAUGAGAAUACGUUGAAGCAGUUGGUGAGCGCUGUGAAGGAGCAGGUAGGGAGGAGUGGAUUUGUUAGAAAAGGGGAGGAUGGGAGGAACGUAUUUAUAUUUAACGAGAUUAAAAAGUUAUGA